CCGAUGGGGCGGCCUUUGUAGUCAAGGACGCCGACGACGACGUCAUCCAGAAGGGGAGUUUCAGCCGCUUCGGAAAUUUCUCCGCUGACGGACAUUUUCUCCGAUAUGGUCUCCCUGCGCAAACCCCAUGAUUUGUGAAAUCAAAAUGGCCAAGAAUCCGCUUGCAGGUUUGCUAGACACUAAUAAGUUGACAGGUCCCAAUUAUCUGGAUUGGCUAAGGAAUCUCAAAAUUGUUUUGGAUUCCGAAAAGAUAACAUACGUUAUGGAUAAGGCCCCACCUGAAAAAGUUUCAGAGGCGUCCACCCCAGAGGAACUUACCACUUGGCAAAAGUGGAAAGAUGACGAUCUUCAGGCUCGUUGCUAUAUGAUGGCAUCGAUGUCAAAUGAGCUACAAAAGCAGCACGAGAAAAUGGAGCAUGCAACAGAGAUUCAUUUGCACCUACAAGAGUUGUAUGGUGAGCAGACUAGACAUGUGAGAUAUCAGAUCUCAAAGGAGCUUUUCAGGGCCCGUAUGACGGAUAGUGAAUCUGUCAAUACUCAUGUAUUGAAGAUGAUAAGCCUGAAUGAAAAGCUUGAGUCUUUGAAUGUUGUCAUGGAUAAUGAUCUAUAUGUAGAUCUUAUUUUACAAUCUCUUCCUGAUUGAUUUGAUCAUUUUGUCAUGAACUUCAAUAUGCAUAAGCUUGAAACUACUCUUCCUGAGUUGCUUAACAUGUU